AGCCUGUGUGCUGAACUUGGUCCAAAUUGGUUGGCUUCGCUUGUUUGGCCUGACUGGGAUCCACCCGAAAAAAACUCAGUCUCCGCCUGUGAGCCGUGCCCGUGGUCCGUGCCCGUGACUGAGUGCGGCCUUUGAUCCGCGCUGGUCAUGUCUGCCUCGUAUCUCCCGCCGCCCUCAGGCCAUGGCCACCCCGGGGGCCACAAUAACAGUGGUAGUCCUCACGGCGGACACGGUGGACCGCCCAACGUGUCAUUGCCCGGUCCGCCGCCCGGCAGCCUGCCCAUGAAUCAUCCAGGGGUGGGCGGGGGUGGGUCGCCCAUGACCAAUGGUGGCGGCGGUCCGCCCGGUCCACCACCCGGUGCUGGGCCUGGGGGCCCCAUGGGCCGGCCUAGUCCCACGCCGGGUGGACCCGGGGGCCCGACCCCCGCGGGCAAUCCCCAAAACAUUCAACGGAUGUUGGACGAAAAUGCCUCCCUCAUCAAGACCAUUUCCGAGUACCAGAACUCGGGCAAACACACGGAAACGGUCCAAUACCAAUGGAAUCUCCAUCGCAAUCUCAUGUAUUUGGCCUCGAUCGCAGACUCCAACCAGAAUCUCCAAAACUUGUUGCCGCCGCCUGGGCAUGUGCCGGCUAGUGGUCAACCCCCUGCUCCGCAUGGAGGAGGGGGUCCACCCCCACCCAACGGGCCGUCUCAAGGACCGCCCAGCACUCAUACCCCAGACUACAACCGUCCGCCUAAUCCGAGUUCAGCUCCCCAACCCUUCUCUUUUCCCACUCACCCUUUUCCGCCCACUUCGACGUCUCCGCCUCAUCCGGGAAAUCCAGUUGCCAUGGGCGGAGCCACGUCAGUGGCGGGAGGAGCUGGUGGGCCCAUGUAUGAGGAUGUCACUCUGCCCGAGGGCUGGUCACGAAAAGUGUCCCAGCGGCAGGGCGGGGCCUCCACAGGCAAAUGGGAUGUUUAUAUCGUUAGUCCCGAUGGGCGCAAGUUUCGAUCCAGGAACGAGCUCCGACAAUACUUGGACAAGCACAACUUGGAUUACAACCCAGACGAGUUCGACUUCUCAAUUUGGGGUCGCGGCAAUCGGUCAAGUCGGAAAGAUUCGUCGAAUUCUAGUGGAGGCAGUAAUAAUAAUAAUAACAACAACAACAACAACAGCAACAGCAAUUCUUCGCCAAUCACAUCUUCUUCCUCCUCUUCUUCUUCGUGUGCAGUUCCAGAUGCCAGUUCAGGGCCGUGUGGGGGCAUGUAUGAGAACAUGGGCCAUUAUGAGGGGGGCGGAGCGGGCAUUCCACUCACUCAUUUGUCUCCACAUCCUUUGGGAGCGAUCCCUUUGAAUGUUGAAGGUCCAUUCUCGUCCAUGGUUCCGCCCCCCAAUCCACCCUAUGGGUCGUUGCCACCUCCAGGUCCGAUGGGUCAGCCAGGAGGCUAUAGACCACCAGGGCCCGGCGGCUAUCCGUCUCAUGGAAAUUAUCCCGGAUAUCCCAACCAACCACCCCAAGGGCAACAGUACGGUCAAUACGGCCAUGGUUCGAAUCAUUACACACCUCCACCGCCAGUCUCGACCGUCUCGAGUGUGGAAAGUAGGAGCAAUUAUCCCCCAGCAACGACCCCCAGUGGAGCAGGUGCGCCUCCAGUUCCGAGCUACACCCAGUACAACCAGCAAUAUGGAGGAUACCCACCCACCACCCAAACAUCGAGCUCAUAUCCACCUCCUCAAGGCGGACCCGCUCAUUACCCACCACAGGGUUAUCCUCCUUCAUCGGGGGGACCCCCGCCUCCCGGGGGGUAUCCUUAUCCUGGCCCACCGGGCUCCCAACCUAGCACGUACCCUGGACAGUAUCCUCCCCCAACCGGAGGUCCACCUUCCUCUCAACCCGGUCCUCAUCCGGGAGCCUACCCUGGUGGACAUCCCCCAUAUCCAGGUGGCCCUUCGAUUAGUUCGGGUCCCGGUUCCUCUCCAGGAUCCACUGGUGGUCCGCCCAUCCCCACUUCCCAGUCACCCUCGGCUUCACAAGGCAAUGCCACUCCCCCAACAGCGCCAGGCCCAUCAUCCAGUCCUGUGCCAAUGUCAGCGGUAGCGUCGGCUACCCCUCCUCCAAGCAACUCUGGAGCGGGUCCCAGCCAUGCGCCUCCCAGCUCCAGUAGUGGUGCUCCCGCUCAAUCUCCGCAAAGGCCUACGAAUGCGGCGUCACCUUCUCAGAGGCCACAUGAGGCCAUGUCGCCCCAUCGACCCAGCUCGGCCCACUCCCAAGAUUCAAAUCAUCCGCCAGUGUCGAGUGGCGCGCCCACUUCCAGUGCCGGUCCCCCGAUGGGUAUUCAAGCGCCUCCCGGCGGCGCACCGAGUGGUCAUCCGUAUCCACAUCCUCAUAGUCCACAUGGCGCUCCGCCCCAUGGGCCUUACCCCCCUCCUCCGGGGGGAUAUCCGAGUGGCGGCUAUCCUGGUUAUCCUCAUCAACAGGGACACUAUCCUUAUGGUCAACCAGGUCAAUACCCUCCUCCGCCUCCUCAAGGGUACCCACCUCAAGGUGGACAGGCGUACCAGUAUGGUCCCCCUCCCCCGGGCGGGAGUUAUCCGUCCCAUUAUCCUGGUUACCCGCCGAGCAGCCAAUAUGGUCAAUAUCGGCCCCCAACUCAUGGAGCGCAAAUGGGACCCCCUCCCCCUGGAGCACCGGGAGCCCCUCCAGCUGGAUACCCGGGCUACGAUCAACCUCGCGGAAUGUACCCAGGAUAUCAGGGUCCACCUGCCCCUCAAGGACCUCCCCCUCCCUCUUAAAAUGAGACCCGAACAAGGGUGUGAACGUCAAAUCUCGUGGCUAAUAUUGCCAGUUAAUCAUUAUUGAUAUAAUUGUGCGCAUUAAAUGUGACCGACAAUAUGUGUUGUACAGCAAAUAUAUUCCAAGGUAGCUUGAUCAAUGAUCUUUCUUGCUCUUAAGUUUCGUGCCUGAGGGCUUUUGUUAUAUCAAAAGCAGAAUAAAACCAGAUCUUUUAAAUUA